UUUUCAAUUAAUUGUGGAGCGGUUCGGUUAUGGUUUCGCGCUAGCAAAGACGUUGACAAAUAGACACACACUACGCUAGAGACACUAUAAAGCUUUGUUUGUGUGUUUCUUAAAUCAUAUGUAACAUAUUAAUAUGUGUAUAUAAUAUAUUAUAUCAAUAUAUACAUAAUAUAAAUAUAAGCAUAAUAUAAUAUAUCAUAAAUAACUGUAUGUAAAAGUAACCAGCAAGACGUUGCCUUUGUUUGUGGGCGCUGUGAUAAUUUAUUAAAAUACUCGAAAGAAAAGUGAUUUUGCUGUUUACAUAUUUUUUAUUCGUUUCGGUCCAAGCAAAGCGCGUAGCUAACCGAUAUCGGAUUUUGGCUGGCCCACAGAUGUGGAAACAGCUUUCCAGCGUUUUUUUGUGAAAAUUCUCGUUUUGUUUGCUGCUUGAUUGUGUCGCUAAUGUUGUCUUCGCGUUUCUUUUGCUUUAAGUAUGCGCGUAUUUGACAACUUUAUUAUAUAGUCUAUAUUUUCUCAUUAAGGGCUCAUUGAUUGCCGAGCGUCGGGCGGAAAGUAUCAAGGUUACUAUAGUGACAUUCGCAUUCGUGCUAUAAUUAAACAUAGCGCGGUGCGAGAGUGUGGCAAAAAGAUAAAUAAAAAAUCGCUUUGUGAACAUCUUAGCCCUUCAUCUCUUUGGGUGCGCUUUUAUUACUCAAUUAACAGUAUUUUGCCAGACAUGAUGUCUAUUAUUAUUUCAGUGCUAUCAAUAAAAUGUGCAAUUAUUUAAAUACUCCAAAAUUUUAUGGUUAAGUGCGCUUACAAUUAUUACACUUUUAAAAGUAGAUCUCUUUAAAGUAAAUUGAUUCGUGCUUAUUAAAUAAUAUUAGUAAAAAUAAAAAUAAAAAAGUUGACGCAAGUAAACUCAACAAAUUGACAGCAAGCAAGCCUUAACACAAAACAUUUACCGCAAUUUGCAACUAAAGUGAAGUACAACAAUAACAGCAGAACAUAUACGCGAUUUUGAGCUAAAACGCGAAAUAACGAAAAAUUGCCGUUACUUUCGAAAAUAACUGCUUUUUUGAAGCGCCACAGCAGACGUCCACGAACAACCCACACACACACACACGAACCUACCGAGAAUGCAAACAACAAAUCAAAACACUUGUGAUACCGCCGAAACUAGCAUAGCAACAACAAAAACAGAAAACGAAUUUGAUACAACAGCAACAACAACAAUCAACACUACUACCAACACAAAAAACGAAGCUUUUGCAAACUAUAAUGUUGUUGUAGACAAUCUUUAUGCACAACACAACAACCUUAACGAAUUAGCUGUAAACACGACAACAACAAAUACACUGAAAACUAUAGCAGCCACACCGAUGGACCAGCGACCGCAACUGGAUGAGGACAAUGAGAACUGUGUGAUUGAUAUAGCCACCAUGCAAAUCGCUGACGAUAGCAAUAAUACUGCCACGAUGCCAGCCCUAAGUGGCGACAGCAACAACAAAUGCAGCUAUAAAAAUGAGCAUAGUGAGUCUGGAGGUGAACGGAUGGCGGGUGAUGCGAAAGGCGAAAUCGAUACAGCAACAGAUGCGGAAAUGGAAAGUGAUGGCGAUGGUGAAGGUGACGGAGAGGGCGAGGAAGGAGGUGUACAAAUCGAGGCUGAGCCGCGUAGCGAUAAUGAGGAGGAGGAAGUGGCAAACCAAUAUUUGAAUGAAAUUGAGAUUAGCAAAGUCGAUGAAGAGCAAAUCAUUACCGAGCUGGUGGAUGCCAGUGGCCAAGGAAGCUGCACGGAAGCUAAGCAAAGCAACGGUAUGCGUGUCGCUUUCGGUAUAAUCUUAAGACUAAUGUUGCCACUUGCUAACAGCGUAAUGCGCAGCUUCAAGGGUAUACGCGAUGUGCGGUUUCAACGUGUACUAAGAUCAAUUACUUCCAGCCGUCAGGUGCUCACCAAUCUAAUGGCAUUCGCUGCCAAUUCCAUAUCGCUGAACUUGUCGUCGGUGCACGAUUUUAGCUAUAAAUCCAAUCGGUUCUUAAAAAAUUUCUCACAGCGCAUAGAACCAAUCUUGAAACUUCUCAAAAUACGACAAGCGCGCGAUGGUAUUGAAAGUCUUCCCGACAUGCCUUCCAUCGAUAUAGCACCAUGUUUUCCAACUGCUACACCACCGCCGACUCCAUCAACACCCGGCACGCCGACUAUGCCAAUAUUAUCACCCUUUUUAAAUGAACCUUCCAUAGUUAUGGCAAAUUUUUCGACGGAUAAGCGAAAAGCUACUCCGCCACAUACUCCAGCACCAAAAUGUUGCACGAUAAAAAUAUUGGCGGAACCACCACCUGGCCAACCCAUACGCGCUGACAUUGUCUUCAUACAUGGACUGCACGGUUCAUUGGUGAACACAUGGAAACAGGGACUUUGGGAAAACGAGCGUCAACCUGAAAAUUUCGAACGACCUCCAAAACCACCUGUGAGGCCACCGAAGCGGCCAAAACAUUCUCGCACUGCCCUACUACAUCCGCCACACAAGCAAAAACGCGCAAGAUUUGCGCAAGGCGAUCCGAGUCAACGCGCCACACUGGAGGCAAUGGAAAGUGAUGAAAUCAACAAUUUGGAUGAUGGGUUUUUCGAUGCGACCGAGCAUGAACUGAAAGAGGGUGUCUCAUAUGUUUGCGGCGCGCCAGAAGAUAUACAAAAUUGUGAUGGUAUCGAGUAUAGCUUUCCCACAUUCCGACUGCGUUUGAACGAUAACGGUCGGCUGCUUCAAGGUAAAUUCGACAAGAUGCAUGAUAGUUCCAUGGAUGGUUGCGCCGGUGAAUCACACGUGAGUCAAGCCCCACCUGCCAGCGAAAGCCCCAAGGCGAAAAGCAAAGGCAAAGCGAAACCUUCGGCGAAUGAUCCAAAUUAUUCAAAAUGUUGGCCGGGUGAUUGGCUGCCUUUGGACUGCCCUGGUGUACGCGUUAUUGCCGUAAACUAUACUACCGAUCAAUAUUUGUGGCGUCCCUUGUGGAAAAAGAAAGAGCCACGUUCGAACCUUAUCGAGCGUGCACGUGAAAUGACCGAGUUGCUGAUAAAACAUCGUAUUGGUUGUGGUCGACCGAUUGUGUGGGUGGGUCACUCUAAAGGCGGUCUGUUCAUUAAGCAAAUCAUAGUCAAUGCUUGGGAGAGUGGUCGUCCUGCAGUGGCGCCGCUCUGGCGCUCUUCACGCGGCGUAUUUUUCUAUUCCGUUCCGCACCGUGGCUCACAUUUAGCUUGCAUAAAAGCGCCGCUGCUGGCACGCUCUGUGGAAAUGUUGGACAUUGAGAAGAAUAAUAAAUAUUUAUUGGAUCUGCAUCGACGCUUUGCGGGUCUCUAUCACUUGGGCCACAUUAAAAUAGAGGUAUUCAGCUUUGUGGAGACGGCGUUGACACUGAUGUCAGUGCUUUAUCUGCGCAUUGUCGGAGUGGAUUCAGCAGAUCCUGGAUUUGGUGAUGUGUGCGGCAUACGCUUGGAUCAUCGCGAGAUUUGUAAGCCGCGCAGCCGAGACUGCAUUCUAUACAAAGAAUUAGUUAAAAUGAUUAAAAAAGUAUAUUAAAAUCAAGAAAAAAAAUUUAGAAUUAGUAAAUGAGUAACUAAAUAGAAACUGUUAGUACCUUAUUGUUUUAAAGUAUAAUAGUGUUAAUAAUGCAGAAAAAUUAUAAAAGUAACUACACAAUUUGCAUAAAACCAAAAAACUAAAAAAAACAUGUAACAGUAAAAGCUAAAAUUGUAAUAAAUACAUUAAAAUAUUAUAUAAUAUAUAAAUUAUAUUUGAGAGCUUAUGUUCAAAACAUAUUUAUGUUCCAUAAGAAAGCAAAGCGUUAAACUCCACACACAUGCAUAUACAUAUAAGUAUAUACAAUAUAAAUAUGUACUAGUGUAUUUACACCAAGCGCAUUGACUUACCGUUAAGCUGUUAAAUGGUUAUUAACAACCUUUGCUACUCAACGAUUGCCAUUGUUUGUCUAUAGAUAUAUCUACUUAUAUAAAAAAUAUAUAUAAAAAUACUAUAAUAUAUAUAUUUAUAAUUAUAUAUUUAAUAUACACAAUAUAUAUAAUAUAUUUGCGUUUAUUACCAAUUUUUUGAUAAUUAUAAUAUAUUUCUUAUUAAGCGUUAAUUUUUGUUAUGUAAAAUACUAUGUACAAUAAAUAUAACUUCCGUAAAUAAGUUGAAUGUAUGUAUGUAGUAUAUACACAUAUACGUAAUAUUGUACAUAAGAAUGUUCUUAGUUUUGUUCUUAAGAAUUUUUAUAGAAAUGCAUGGCCAUCAGGUAUAAGAACCGUUAUAUAGUGAUUGGAUUUUGUGAUCAGCUCAAUAAGAUGUGAUUUUUUAUCAAAGAAAAGCAUAGCAUAGAACGAUAUAUGUACCUACAUAGAUAGCAAUGAUAUUUUCUCCAGAUAUUGCAUGUGCAACAACAAACUAUAUACCUAUGUAUCUAAGCAAUUUAGUUAAGUACUUACUGUAAUUAUUAUUUAACUUUUACACAAAACAAAAUGCAAGUAUCUACUUAUCAAAGCAUUGCUGAUCAUUAAUUAUACAUACAAUAUAUACAAUAUGAAAAUAUUUUAUCAUUAAAGAUUUUGAAAUUAUUGCUGUCAAUACUAUAAGAAAUACUUUGCCACUGAUCCUUUAGUAACGCUUAUAUAACUGUACAUGCGUUUUAUAAAAUCUUAUAUUUAAUAAAGAAUUUAUUUUACUACAACGAAAA